AUGGACUACGGCUACCAGGACUACGACUACGAGGACUCGUACAGCAGCGGACAGCGAAUCAGCAAACCCGUGCCCAUCUGGUUGUGCGUCUUCCUGGUCGUCACGUAUAUUUUUUGCGGGGCCUACUUGUUUCACCAGUGGGAAGGUUGGCAUUUCCUGGAUGCGGCCUACUUCUGCUUCAUCACACUCACCACCAUCGGCUUCGGGGAUUUCGUGCCCGCGCAGCACGUGAGGAACGAUGACGGCAAAGUGAGCAUAGCUCUCUGUUCGCUGUAUUUGCUCUUUGGAAUUGCACUUCUGGCGAUGAGUUUCAACCUGGUGCAGGAGGAGGUUAUCGGCAACGUGAAGUCGGUGGCCAAACGAUUGGGAAUUCUGAAGGAUGAUGAAGACGAAGAAGACUAA